UGCCCGCCCCUGUCCGGCCCAGCCACCGAAGCAGCGCCGCGAGGGGACCCCGAACCCGCCCCGCCUCGCGCCGCGCCGCCGGGCGCUCACCAGGCAGUCUGAUGGGGCUGCAGCAACCGCUGACCCCCGCCGCCGUCGCCCUGCUGUGGGGCUUCCUGCUCCCUCUGACAGCUGCUCAGGAAGCAAUCCUGCACGCAUCUGGAAAUGGCAUGCCUUCACCAUCUAAGGAUUACUGCAUGCUAUAUAACCCUCAUUGGACAGCUCUUCCAAGUACCCUAGAAAAUGCAACUUCCAUUAGUUUGAUGAAUCUGACUACCACACCACUGUGCAACCUUUCUGAUAUUCCUCCUGAUGGAAUAAAGAACAAAGCAGUUGUGGUACAGUGGGGAACCUGCCAUUUUCUUGAAAAAGCCAGAAUUGCACAAACAGGAGGUGCUGAAGCAUUGUUGGUUGCCAAUAACAGUGUCCUCUUUCCUCCCUCAGGGAACAAAUCUGAAUUUCAUGAUGUGAAAAUACUGAUUGCAUUUAUAAACCACAAGGACUUUAAAGAUACGAAGCAGACUCUCGGAGAUAACAUUACUGUGAAAAUGUAUUCUCCAUCGUGGCCUAACUUUGACUAUACUAUGGUGGUUAUUUUUGUAAUUGCUGUGUUCACUGUGGCAUUAGGAGGAUACUGGAGUGGGCUAAUUGAAUUGGAAAGCAUGAAGGCAGUGACAAACACUGAAGAUAGAGAAAUGAGGAAAAAGAAGGAAGAAUAUUUUACUUUUAGUCCUCUAACAGUUGUAAUAUUUGUGGUCAUCUGCUGUGUUAUGAUGGUCUUACUUUAUUUCUUCUACAAAUGGUUGGUUUAUGUUAUGAUAGCAAUUUUCUGCAUAGCAUCAGCAAUGAGUCUGUACAACUGUCUUGCUGCACUAAUUCAGAAGAUACCAUGUGGACAAUGCAUGAUUAUGUGUCGUGGCAAAAGCAUUGAAGUGAGACUUAUUUUUCUCUCUGGACUGUGCAUAGCAAUAGCUGUUGUUUGGGCUGUAUUUCGAAAUGAAGAUAGGUGGGCUUGGAUUUUACAGGAUAUCUUAGGGAUUGCUUUCUGUCUGAAUUUAAUUAAAACACUGAAGUUACCCAACUUCAAGUCAUGUGUGAUACUUCUAAGCCUUCUCCUCCUCUAUGAUGUAUUUUUUGUUUUCAUAACACCAUUCAUCACAAAGAAUGGUGAGAGCAUCAUGAUUGAACUUGCAGCUGGACCUUUUGGAAAUAAUGAAAAGUUACCAGUAGUCAUCAGAGUACCAAAGCUGGCCUAUUUCUCAGUAAUGAGUGUGUGCCUCAUGCCAGUUUCAAUAUUGGGUUUUGGAGACAUUAUUGUACCAGGCCUGUUGAUUGCAUACUGUAGAAGAUUUGAUGUUCAGGCUGGUUCUUCUAUAUACUAUGUUUCCUCCACAGUUGCCUAUGCCGUCGGUAUGAUACUUACAUUUGUUGUUCUGGUGCUGAUGAAAAAGGGGCAACCUGCUCUCCUCUAUUUAGUACCUUGCACACUUAUUACUGCCUCAGUUGUUGCUUGGAGACGUAAGGAAAUGAAAAAGUUCUGGAAAGGUAGCGGCUAUCAGAUGAUGGACCAUCUGGACUAUGCAACAAAUGAAGAAAACCCUGUGACUGCUGGUGAACAGAUUGUCCAAUAAUAAUAUUAUGUGGACUUGCAAUAAUGUGUCAGUUGACUUUCUACAAAUAGAGUUGGCCAUUUUAAAUUGGCUUUUGAAUUGACAAUCUGAAAGAAACUUCAAUGCUGUGCUUGCAAAUAUGUAUUUUUAAGAGCUGGUACUGACGACUACAUGAUAAGUAAUUAAAAUACAUUUGCUUUUAACUACAUUAAAGUUGUGCCUUCACAUUAAAUAAAAGCAUAUGGUCUGUGUAAUUUUUAAGAUGUAAUAUAUACAGUAUAUUUUUCUAAAAAAAAAGUCUUCACCUGUACUUUUCUUACUGAAAUCUCUUUCUUUCAACUCUAAUGAUAGUUAAAAGUAUUUGUCAAAGUGAAUUUCUGAGCAGAUUUUACUGUAAAGAGUUAUGCAAAUUUUAUGCUCUAUAGAAACAACUGUUUAAGACCAUGUAAGAAGGCAGUUCAGCAAUGGAAUUUUAGACCUUUUAUCACUGCAGAGGUUAGAAAUAUAUAAUUUGGGAAUAUAUAUAAAUGUGUAUUUUUAUAGCAUAAGUUUAAAAAAAUCCCAAUCCUUUUUUAAACUUGAGAACCUAAAUUACUUCAGACUACAUAUGUAUUAUAUUAGAAUAUUUUUCCAGAUAUAGAGAAACAUAAUAUAUAGAACUAGUCAUUAAAAGGAAACAAAAACUGAAAUCCACAGUUUUCAGUUCUGCUGUUUCCUUGAAGAUGUAGCUUAAAUUUCUAAUUCCCUACUCCUUUCUCCAUAGGAAACCACUGUUAACUUUUUAAAAUUUGGAUGGAGAGUGGUUUACUAAUAUACAAAGUGUGCUUCAGAGAAAAGAAUUGGAGACAGAAGACAGGAGACUGGGUGUUAGUCUCAAUUUAAUUACAAGAGUUUGAGUAAAUUUUAUUAGCUCAAUAGAACUGUAUCUCAGCUUUCCCAUCUGCAAAAUGAGUAUGUUAGACCAACUAAUCACUUUGGUAUCUUCCAACUUGAAAAAAUCUUUCUCAUUCUUUGCUAAAUCUCAGAUGUGGACUUGAACAUUAUCCUGGGAGUCAUAGGUCACAUUAUCUUUCCAUUUUCUUUUAUUUUCUCUAAGAAAUUCCCAAAUGAAAAGUGAUUGCAAAGACAGCAGGAUUUUGUAUUUCUCUGUGAAUAAUGUACAAGAUACAUGAACAAAUCCAUGAUUUUUCAUCCUAAGGCCAGUUUAACUGAUUAAAAGAUAAAGCUAAUGCCUUUAAAAAUGGAUCAGACCUUUGAUGUUUGAACUAAAUUUAGUAUUUGAGGGAAUUAGAUGCUUUUGAUUAAUUGUUAAGUUGCUGGGUAAUUUAUAGACGUAGAAGCUCCCUUGACAGUCAGCCCUUCUUUCUACUUAAUACACUUAUGGGUCAUUUGGUUUAUGGCAAAUGACAAAUAAGUAUCUGACAAGUAAGAGUUCAUGUUAAUUUUGCCUCUAUAAUAUAAAGUUUUAAUUUUUUCCAAAGAAUUUAAUUUAUUUGGCAGACUCUGAUAGAGAGAACAGAUUAAGUGCCAUGUUAAAGCUCCAACUAUAUUUUCAUUUAUAAUAUCAAUAAAAUGUUUGCCAAAAUACAGCUUUUUUAAGUAAAAUUAUCUGCAUUCUUAUCCCAGCUUUAGAAUAUUCAAAAGCCUCAACCACAUUUUAUGAAGAACGUUAAGAGAAAAUUUUACAUCUAGAAGUCUGGAAUCUUAAUUCUUUGAUGCAAAUUCUACUUUAUCCAACCAUUAGUUAUCAAGAAGGUAUAACCUUGUUCUAGUUUGCUAUUUAAAUCUUACAGAUUAAAUAGAAAUCACAUAAAAAGUGAAAUUUCUUAAGUUUCUCCAUCUUCAAUAUCAACUUUAUAUUGUACUUAGUCCUUCUAGCAGCUGAACUGAAAAUAUUUAUAGAAAUUACAAUAAAGUGCAGAAAUAUUUGGGGAAUCAAAAUAUAAGCAAAAGAUAGCAGAGAUGGAAAUUUGGCUUUAGAAGACUGUAUCAUUUCUUCCUCUCUUGCCCUCCUACCACCAAUAACUUUAAGGGGAAGAGAAGUUUGGUUUUUUCCUAAACAUGUCUUUAAAACAAUAAGAAAUAUUGUAGGAGAUUACUUACUGCAAAAAAAAAAAAGUCUGAGAAAUUCCCUAUGAACAUUUUUGUAGUUUAUCAAACAGAAAUUAUUAAAUACCUCAAAUUGUAAAGUCAAUGAUUUUUACUUCAGUUUAGUUCAGCAAAGAUAAAUAUGAGGUUUGUGGGAAAGGACUUUGAUAUUUUACGAUGUUAUGUUUCCUUCUAGCUUGUAGAUUUUUUUUUUUAGAUUAGCAAUACCUUAUUAGUAGACUCAGCAAUUUAUUUCUCUUUUGAAGGAAGAAAAUUUUAACCCAUCUGCUGUUGGCAUUCAUUGAUGUUAGUUACAUGUUCAUAGAGAUUUUGAUGAAAUGGUACAUUUAGAGUAAAUACAAAUGAGCUUUCCAGUUUUCCUUUGUUUUUUUAAUUUCUGCCUUAGAUAUAAGCAGAAACUAAUUUAUUUAAGUUUGGUCUCUAAAAUGUCAACUUGAUCUCAGCUAAUGAGACUUCACAAACAGGAAUUGCUUUUCAGACUAGUGGAUUGUACUAGUUUGAAAGGCUUCAUAUUUUCCCAUUAACAAGGAAAAAAGUUGUUAUGCAAACAACCCAUUUUACAGUUUAAAAAAUUUAUUUUCAGUGCUCUAUUUACCUCAGAGGUAAUUCUAAAGGAGGUAGGGGAGGGUAAUGAAAAUAAAAUCAAAAUACUGAGUAAAAAUCAGUUUAUGCUUCCUGGAAGAAAGAUACUCUAUAAAUUCAAGAGAUCUGAAUCAAAUGACUUAACCUUUUGGAAUUUGAAAGAAAUUAUGUAGUACUCACAAUUUGGGCUACUGAAUUUUCAGAGUAAACAAAAUGAUUUAUAAGAGUAAUAUACAGGCCAUAUUACAGUGAAAAUCAUAUAUGUAAAUUUUCUUGUUUAAUGUUUCCAUAAGGACGGCUUUUUGUAUCUAAGAAAAUGUUCAUUGGGGAAAAUUUUUUUAACUAAAUUUUUUAGAAUAGUCCUACAUUAUUUGCAAUUCAGGGGCGACUAAAAGAAAAAAAUGUGGAAUAUUUAAUGUCAUUAUUUGUUUCUUUGAUUAGGCAUAAAAAGUAAACAACUUAUUUUGCUUUGGAAUAUGGAUUUUUUUUCAGUAUCUAAAGUUUAUCUGGUUAGCCUUGAGAUUUCCCAAUGAGACAAGUCAAUGUAAAUUAUGUGGGUUUUGCUUGUUUUAUACCUUCUGUUGUCUUUUGAUCAUAUGAGAACCUUUUUUAAAGUACAUGACUGAAUUUUUACUUCUUAGAUGGAGGUUAGAGUGUGAAAUUCUUUUCUUUUAACACUUUGAUAUGUUAGUGUAAAUUAGUACUUUAAUAGCACUACUAGGCUUUAUUUUUUUAUGGAACAUGAUUUAAAAUUUUUUGAAGUGUUAAUCUGGCAGUGCUUUAAAACUCUUCAUUAUGUGCCAAUACUGACAAGAAAAACAGUUUUUUUAAUGUAUUGAAUUCACUAUGGUAUUCAAUAAAUUCUAUUUUAAAAUAAAA